UGGGGUGAUUGGAAUGGAGGGCGGGGAGCUGGCUGAGUGCUCGCUAGCCCGGCUCAUGUCAGCCAGCAUCGCCAACCCCGGCUCCGGCCUCGGCACAGCAGCGCGCUGCCAUCCGGAGCAACUGCUCCCUGCGCUUUAAUUGCAUCGCCGAAAACUCAGUGCAUUUUCAAACUCUGCUUUGGAUGUUGACGGGGUAAUGACGGCUAACUUUAAAGGACACAAAGCAUUAAAGGUUAAGAAGGAGGCCGGAGAGAAUGUCCCGACCCUCAGCGACCAGGAGUUGGUCUCCAUGACAGUCCGAGAGCUGAACCAGCACCUGCGAGGCCUGAGUAAGGAGGAGAUUGUCCAGCUGAAGCAGCGGCGGCGGACACUGAAGAACCGGGGUUACGCAGCCAGCUGUCGGGUCAAGCGCGUGACGCAGAAGGAGGAGCUGCAGCGACAGAGGACCGAUCUCCAGCAAGAGGUGGCCAAACUGGCCCAGGAGAACGCCAACAUGAGAGUGGAACUCGAUGGCUUGCGCUCCAAGUACGAGGCCCUCCAGAAGUAUGCUCGCACCAUGGCCAAGACCCCCACCCUACCGCCCACCAGUGUCAUCACCAUCGUCAAAUCAUCUGACUCUUAGGCCCUUCUCGGACGAGGACGUUGAAUUAAAGAGCCGGAGCAGGUAAAUGGAAUUAAGGUACACAUGGCAGUCUUGAAAUAAUAGAAUGGACAGGCUUGAAAGGUCUAUUCUUGUUCCGAUUUAAGGCAAGCCUCUUAAGUGACACAGUUCUUGAGAUCACAUCCAGAAGUGAAAUGCUGUUGCUCAACAGGAGCCUCUCUUCUAAAACCCCUCUACCCUCAAAAACCUAGAGACGCCAAACAAUAACUCUCUUGUGCAGUGGUUGGUAAGUGCCCACAUACAAGGCCAGGAAUCUGACUCAUGAUUGAAAAUGAGCAGCAUUGAUUUUGGAGUUGGUUUUCCUGAGUUCAGGGGGGAAGAUCUUCAUCUGUGGAAUCAGUAUGCUGAGUCUGGAGAUGGAUCGGAUGGACUAGCUUCCCUGCUAUAGCUCAACUUGGCCAAUUGUCGGGCUCAAGCUGUUCACAUUGCCAUCUGAAAAUCUGAAGUUCUGGAAGACCCGCCAUUCUCAACAAAUAUCAGGACUACUGAAUGUUGAUAGCUUUUAAGCACCUGUGGUUUCUGUCCUGGGGCUUUCACAAGUGAAACAUUAGGAGACUCUGAGAGGAGUUUGUAUAAUUAUCAAAUAUUGUGUCUCUUGUAAGCUGUACAAAAUAUAUAUUUUUAUUUAGUUCUGCAGUCCUCCUUCACAAACUUGUUUGCAGUUGAAAUUUGUGUAAAUGCUUUGUGGCCUAAAUGUCUCCAAGCCCGAGGAUGAGUGAGAGUUGCAGACCAAGAGAGGCUGUUCCUGCACAAAGGUCUGAUUCUGAGAGCUAGCUUUCAGAAUCAAUAUGUCCAAUGGUGACCCAGAGACAGCAGAUGCUGGAAUCUGGAGCAACAAGCAAAAUGCUGGAGGAACUCAGCCGAUCAGGCAGUGUUGCAAAGAUGCAGCCUGAUCCAUUGGGUUCCUCCAGCAUUUUGUUUGUUGCUCAAAUAUAUCCAAUGUUGUGUGGGGUAUGAGUGGUGUAAUGUGGAGUGAGGAGCAAAGGGAUAUUUGAGAAAUCGCCCUAUAUUACCGCUCCCAAAACUUCUGUCCAUGUGGCCUUUCCAGUUGAUGAUGGAAUCUUGCUGUUUUGAAUUAGUUUUCAAAAGGUAAAGAAUUAAAGUCCUUCCUUUUCUUGUGAUUCCUGAGUUGCAAACAAUUUCUAAUAUUAGCAAGGUUAUGCAAAACUAAGGUGAAAAUUCAGUUCUGUGGCGUGAUUUGGGAGUUACAGGUGCCGUGUGGGUUCCAAAAUAGCAACCAAAGUGGCAGGAGUUGCACCAAUUAUUGAUGAAGGAGACUAAAGUCUGCUAGUAGUUCACACAGCAGGUGGAUUAUGAUUUCACCCAGCACACAAUGUUGAUUUGACCCCAGUGUUGAUGUUUUAAAGCUCAAUGCUUCAGCUAACCCUGUGCCAUUUAAAGGGUUCAUCAACUAAUUUUAGCUUGGUUGCUGGUUUAUUCCUCCUGGCCCCUGCUACAACACAAUGAAGCAUUUGCUACUUUUAUGAGUUCUCUUAAAUUUCUGAACUGCUGAGAGACUAUCUCAAUUUCAAGCCAUUGCAAAAACCAGGCUCUCCCAGUCAUGGUGCACUUGCAGGGAGGGAUUGCCUACUGAACACAGCAUGUGGGAGAUCAAGCAGGGGGAAGAGGAGGGGUGAACAGUGCUCGGCGGCAGGCUAUGUCCACCCAGGAUAUUUGGGGAGUAACUUUUGAUCUGAAUCUCAGCGAGGGAUAUGUAGGCAUCGUUUGCGUUACAGGAGGGACAUCCUGUCCGAAAUCUGCCAUACUAACCUCGGCCCAUGUCGUCAAGGUGAAGAUCCUACUGCAGCAAUAGAUAUUUGCUGUCCAUCACUGCAUGGGUCAUCCCUGGGGCCACCUAUUCAAAGAUAGCUGUUGCAUUUCAUUCUCUUUCUUACCAAGUGAAGAGUUGUGCUGACAAGGACAGUUGGCUUCCCAUGAUAUAGGAUGCUAUUGCCUGUACUUGUGUUGAACCACUGUCCUGUACCAGUGGGCAACACAAACUGACAGGGCAGACUGGUUGGACCACUACACAGGAGCCCCACUGUACUCUUCAGAAUGGGUGUUGAGAAUCAUGUUAAUCUGAUGUGUGAUGGGCAUCAUGAAGGCUUGGGACUUGCUACAGGAAGCAACAUAGACUGCUAUUUAUGGCUGGACUCUGCCAGUGUGCUACCAAUAAACACUACCCCAAUUACCCAUUCCUAAACAAUGCCCUAUCACCUCACACCUCCUCUUCACUCUGUUAUUCACAGUGACCUACAAUGAUUAUUUGACCUUUACAUGUAAUAUGAUCUGAUUGCCUUUAAAAUGCACAUUCCAAACCACAAUUAUAAAGGAAAUCACGUCAUAUUGCAUGUAAAGAUCAAAUAAUCAUUGUAUAUUUCUUUAGUGCCUGCCUCCAAGUGCCUUUGUCAAUCCUGGUGUUCCUACACAGAGCUUCCCCAGAAAGUGUAGGGCAGCUGGCAGAAAGCUCCUGACUUCACUGAACAUUAGAACAGUACAGCACAGGAACAGACCCUUUGGCCCACUAUGUCUGUGCCGACCAUGAUGCCAAUCUAACUAAUCCCAUCUGCCUGAACAUGGUCUGCAUUCCCUCUAUUCCCUGCCUGUUCAUGUGUGUGUCUAAAUUCUUCUUAAGUGUUGCUAUUGUGUAUGCUGCUACCACCUCCCCUGGCAGUGCGUUCCAGGCGCCUACCAGUCUCUGUGUGUAAAAAAAACACUUGCACAUCUCUUUUAAACUUUCCCCCUCUUGCCCUAAAUCUUUUCCCUCUAGUAUUUCACAUUUCAACCCUGGAAAAAAGACUCUGACUACUUACCCUGUUUAUGCCUCUCAUAAUUUUAUAUACUUCUACUAGGUCGCCCCUCAGCCUCCAACGCUCCAGAGAAAACAAUCCAAAUUAGUCCAGUCUCUCCUUAUAGCUAAUACCCUCUAAUUCAGGCAACAUCCUGGUGAAUCUCUUCUGCGCCAUCUCCAAAGCCUCCACAUCCUUCCUAUAAUGUGGUGACCAUAAAACUCCAAAUGUGGCCCAUCCAAAGUUCAAUACAGCUGCAACAUGACUUACCAACUUUUAUAUUCAGUGCCCCGACCAAUGAAUGCAAACAUGCUAUACGCCGCCCUUACCACCCUAUCAACUUGUCUUGCCAUUUUCAAGGAGCUAUGGACUUGCACCCUGUAGAUCCCUCUGUACAUCAAUGCUCCUAAGGGUCCUGCCAUUUACUGUAUACUUUCCUCUUAGAUUUGACCUCCCAAACUGCACCACCUCACACUUGCCAGAUUAAAGUUCAUCUGCCAUUUCAUCGCCCAAAUUUCCAACAGAUCUAUAUCCUGCAGUAUCCUUUGCAACCUUCCUCACUGUCCACAACUCGACCAAUUUUCAUGUCGUCUGCAAACUUAAUUAUCAGACUACCUAUGUUUUCAUCCAGAUCAGCAUACUCCCAUGUUAUGGAAGGGUUGCGUUCCUAGAAAACCAUCCGUAUCAUGACUUUCUGUAACUCCAAUCCCUUUUCUCCCCCAUUGAAUCCUGUGUUAUAAGUGAAGAUGCGUUCCCAUGGGAAGUUUUUCCCACAAAAGUAAUGCCCCCUUGGGCACCCUGUGUACAGGCAAGGGAAUUCUGAUUGCAUUGUAGGCAAAAGAGAAAGGAUUGUUGUUUUAAUUAGCUAGAAAUGGAUGUUACGUUGUUUGAUAAAAUAUCUUUGUACAGGUAUUGAUAGAAGAGAUUGCCUCGUUAGUUUACAAUGCAAAUCCCUUAAGUGGCUUACUGCUGUGAACCAACAACCUGCGACCUUUGUCCUUGGUAAACUAGUUCAGUUCUCUGUACAUGUUUGUGUGUGUGUUUUUUUGCAUAAGUUCUGUAAGAAUGAAUUUUUAUUGUGCAUCUCAAAUUUUGGUUGUGAUUUGUGAAUUCUGUAAGGGUGAAUUUAAGUUACCUGAACUGCCAUAAUGCAGCAGUACACUGUGUAUAUUAUAACCAACAGAGGUCCCAGCACUGAUCCUUGCAGAACAGCACUAGUCACAGACCUCCAGCCAGAAAAACACCCCUCCACCUCUACCUUCUAUGACCAAGCCAAUUUUGUAUCCCAUUUACUAAUUCACAUAAGCUUCUGGACCAGCCUACCACGUGGGACCAACUUGUUCCCAUAUUACUAUCACCAGUACCUAAGUUGUUUGUAAACCAAAUUGAAGUAUCUCCAUCACUAAAAUUAAGAAACUUAAGAUCUCAAUACCUCCUAAUCUUUGCAUUAAGAUUGAUCCAAACAAAUAUAAAUAACACAGGAAUGAGAGAAUCUCUCACCCUGCUAAAACCCUCCAACUUCCUAUUAAUCACAGUGGGGAUCUGGGUCAGCAAUAUACGAAAACCCAGACCCCCAUUGCAUGCCUUGAAUACAAGAGACCAUUAUUCACACUUGAGGGUAAAUGUAAAAGACUUCUUAACUGAUUCCUUAAUGACCUCAUUCAUAAGCAUUGAGGUAUUCUGUUCAAAAUCAAUGUAUAAUUUAAUUAAGAUAUCAUAAAAAUAUUAAUAAUCUGUACCUUUUGGAUAGGUUUCAACCUGGCCAUCCCAAAAUUAGAUGACCACUUAGUCAACUUUCCAAUGGGGCCCUCACUAAAACCCCGAGACCAUGGGUCAAUCCCAGCACCUAAAUACUUCUUGUGAGACCCAGGAUCAAUAAACCCUAAAUCUAUCAUUAAUCUACCAUCUCGGAAUAUUCUUAUAAAUAAAGAUCUUGUACUUUGAGGUCACAUUUUAAAAAAAAGAGCAAUCUUUUUAAUGUUGACCGGUAGUCAUGUCUUUGGACAAAAUCUUUCUACAAUUUUGAGGUUGUGACCCAUGCCUUUAUGAGAAUCACUAACCGCAGCCAUAUCACCAGCGAAGGCAUAGGUCGAGUGUCAGAUGUUGUAUUCACUGAGAUGGAAACCACUUCCUUUCUCCUCUAAAAUACUGAAAUAAAAUAUCCGUCAUGCAAUUAAAUAAAAUAUCCGUCAUGCAAUUAAAUAAAAUAAACAGUUUGAUCCCCCUCUUAAUGUGAAUGGGAGCAGCAUUCCGUCUCCUAUCCACAAUCACCACAGACAAGUCUGAGUAAAGCUCAAAGAAUGUAUCAGUAAAUUUUAAUAUACAUCCUUAAAAUAAUGAACCUAAUUGUGAUUGGUCACCAACUAUCAAUAUUAUUAAUUGUCAAAUUCUUUACUGAAGUCCGUGUAGACAACAUCUAAGACUGUAUCAGUGAAGUCCUUGAUUACUCCUACAAGAUCGAUUUUUAAGAGCAACCACAGAGUCCUUACGAUUUCUCCUAACACGAAUCAAUAAAUUGUUUAAAAGCACGAUAUUCUGGUAACAAUCAGAAGUGGUAGUUAUUAAAACCUUUCCUGCGGUUAUUAAUCACAAUAGCAUCUGCUAAUUGUUUUGCAGGAAUUUUAGUAUACAUCCUUAAAACAAUGGACCCAGUUGUAAUUGGUCACCAAUUAUCAAUUGUCAAAUUCUUUACUAAAGUUCAUUAGACAAUAUCCACUGCCCUACCCUCUUCAAUCAUCUUUGUCACCUCAAAAAAAAUCAAUCAAAUUUGUGAGGCGUAACCUCCCUGCACAAACCCUGCUGACUAUCCCUAAUAAGUCCAUGCUUUUCCGAAUGCAAGUAAAUCCUGUCCCAAAGAAUCUUCAAUAAUUUCCCUAACAUUAACGUAAAGAUCCCCAGCCUAUAAUUUCCUGCAUUAUCCCUGUUGCCCUUCUUAAACAAAGGAAUAACACUGGUUAUUCUUUAGUCUUCUAGGACCUCACCUUAUGGCUAAAGAGAAUACAAACAUCUCCCUUAAGACUCCAGCAGUCUCCUUCCUUGCCUCCCUCAGUAUUCUGGGAUGGAUUCCAUCAGGCCCUGGGGACUUAUCCACCUUAUUGUUUUUCAAGACAACAUCUCUUUCUUAAUAUCAACGUGCCUAGAAUAUCAACGUACCCUUCUCCGAUCUCACCAUUAUCCAUGUCCUUCUCCCUGGUAAAUACCAAUAUAAAGUGCUCAUUGAGGAACUUCCCCACUUCCUCUGACUGCAUGCGUAAAUUCCUUUAUCCUUGAGCAGACCUGCACUUUCCCUAGCCAUCUGCUUGCUCCUGAUAUACAUAUAAAAUACCUUGGGAUUCUCCUUAAUCCUAUUCACCAAGGAUAUUUCAUAGCUCCCUUUAGCCCUCUUAAUUCCUUGCUUAUGUUCUUUCCUGCUUGCUUUAUGUUACUGAAGGGCCUUAUUCAGUUUCAGCUUCCUAAACGUUAUAUAUGCUUCCUUUUUGACUAAACAAUAUCUCUUGUCGUUCAAGGCUCCCGAACCUUGCCAUCCUUAUCUUUCUGUGGAGGAGUUUACAGAUGGUUUGGAGGGUGACCUUAAGCACCUCUGUGCUUAACCAGCUUGGCUUUGGGCACCACCCUCUUGUAUGCAGCAGCAGCCUGACCUAGCCAGACAAAAGGCAACGAGAGGGAUCAUCACGGCUGUUGGCACUCCUCCAGGCCAGGGCUAAAGCAAUUUUUGUAAUCUGUUCAUCUGGCAUUGCAGUCUGAGGGCAGUUUCUCAGGGCUAUCGAACUUAUCACAUUAUGUGGUUGCAUAAAAAAAAGUGAAAUAAUCAGAAACAGGCUAAAAUUGGGACUAAUCUACACUCCUGAGUCUUGGAUGAGUUGGGUUCAUCGCCGUUUGUUGUAUGACUGUUCUGUUUAGACACAUUGCCACCAUAGACAAGAAACAAAGGUGGGGGUUAUGGUCAAAGUCCUACUUCCCAAUGGAACAGCAAAUUACACUUGCAUUUUUCUGGAACUCAUCCCAAAGUGCUUUACAAUCAGUAAAGUUUUCUGCAACAUACUCAAGAUCGUGAUGUAGAAAAUAUAAUCGGCACUUUUCACCAACAAAUUCCAGCAAAGAGUGAGUCAGGAUUUUUUUUCAAUAACCUUGACUGGUGUAUGAAUCCUGUCCAGGAUAACUCCCUUUCUCUUCUACAGAACGGUGCUGUGGAAGCUAUAACAUCCAGGAAAACAGCUUAAUGUUUCAUCACUCCCGCGGAUACUAAUUGAUUUCAAGACUCUGGAGUGAGGCUUGAACCCACCACCUCACUCAUGAGAGUGCUUUCUGUUGAGCCACAGUAACACACAAAUUUUUGGGUAGGGGAGAAAGGAUGCAGGGUUGAGGUCCCAAAAUAUAUACUUCCCCCUGCUGCCCCCCCCCUCCUGUGUAUGUUGAACUGAAAAAUGUUGGGGGGGGGGGCAGCUUGCUGCUGCUUCUGUUAAUGGAAUCUAACUGGGGAUGUAGAUGUGAAGAUGUGAUUUGUUUCAUUUGUCUGGCAACUUUGGCGAAGGUGGAAUCUCAGCUACCCUUUACACAAGAACCUGAAGGUUUGUUGGUUGUGGCAUGUCAGAGGCAGAAGGUUGUGGCUUCAAAUCCUGCUCUGGACUUUAAUACAAACACCCCAUUGUGAGGAAGUCAUUGGGUACUAAGAGCUGGAGAUGUACUUAACUGCACUGCUACUGGUCCUGUCUUUCAGACAAAACCUAUCAGGUAGGUGCAAAAGAUCCUGUGGCAUUAUUUUGAAAAAGAGCAGCAAAAUAUCCGUUCCAAAACUAUCAUCAGGUCAUUGUCGCAUUGACCUGUUGUGGGAACAUCAUGAGCACAAAUUAGUAGCUAGAUUUCCUACAGUGAAUAGGCUUCAAAAAUGCUUCAUCAACUGUAAAGCAUCCUGAGUCUUAUCCUAUAUAAGAAUUAGGAUCAGCAGGAGGCCAUCUGGCACUUUGAACAUGCUCUGCCAUUUGUCAAGAUUGUGGCUAAUCAUUCACCUUGGCUCUAUUUUUCUGGACUGUCGCCAUAACAUCGGCGAGACCCGACACAGAUUGGGUGACCACUUCGUCAAGCGCCUUCGCUCUGUCUGCCACAAAAGCAAGGAUCUCCCGGUGGCCACCCACUUCAAUUCCACACCCCACUCUCACACCGACAUGCCUAUCCAUGGCCUCUUCUACUGCCACAUUGAGGCCAGAUGUAGGUUGGAGGAGUAACACCUCAUAUUUUGCCUUGGUAGUCUCCAACCUGACUGCCUCAACAUCGAUUUCUCUAACUUCUGGUAAACCUUCCCCCACUCCUGUGGCCCCCCCCCUCCUCCCUUUCCCCCCUCCUCCCUUUCCCCCCUCCUCCCUUUCCCCCCUCCUCCCUUUCCCCCCUCCUCCCUUUCCCCCCUCCUCCCUUUCCCCCCUCCUCCCUUUCCCCCCUCCUCCCUUUCCCCCCUCCUCCC